AUGGCUGUUCCAAGUGAUGCAUCGUCAAUCACGGUGGCAGUUCGAGUGCGGCCCUUUACGAUUCGAGAAGCAGCUCAGCUCGCAAAGUGCGAAGAUGGUCCCCUUUUCCUUGGUGAUGGCUCUCUAGCUGGUGCAGCCACACCGAAACUCAACCAGAAAGGAAUCAGAUCGAUUAUUAAAGUCAUCGAUGAUAGGUGUCUAGUAUUCGAUCCUCCCGAAGACAGCCCAGUGCAAAAAUUUUCCAGGAGCGUUGUGCCGAAUGGAAAACGCGUGAAAGACCAGACCUUCUCUUUCGACCGUAUUUUCGACCAAAAUACAACGCAGGGGGAGGUAUACGAAGCUACCACCCGCGGCCUUCUCGACAGUGUUCUCGAGGGUUACAAUGCCACGGUGUUUGCUUAUGGUGCAACUGGGUGCGGAAAGACUCACACAAUUACCGGUACAGCGCAGCAUCCAGGAAUCAUAUUUCUCACCAUGCAGGAGCUAUUUGAGCGUAUCGAAGAGAGGAAGUGCGAAAAGACGACGGAACUCUCGCUGUCCUACCUGGAAAUAUAUAACGAAACGAUUCGCGACCUUCUCGUUCCAGGAGGUAGUAAAGGCGGGCUGAUGCUCCGUGAGGACACUAAUCAAUCGGUUUCAGUGGCCGGGUUGUCCAGUCACCAUCCCCAGACUGUACAAGAAGUUAUGGACAUGAUUAUGAGGGGCAACGAAUGCCGCACGAUGUCCCCAACAGAGGCAAACGCAACUUCCUCUCGAUCGCAUGCUGUUCUCCAGAUCAACGUGGCGCAGAAGGAUCGCAAUGCCGAUGUCAACGAACCGCAUACAAUGGCGACCUUGAGCAUUAUCGAUCUUGCAGGAAGUGAACGUGCCAGUGCUACAAAAAAUAGGGGAGAGAGGUUAUUCGAAGGUGCAAACAUCAACAAGUCCCUACUCGCGCUGGGAAGCUGUAUCAAUGCUCUGUGUGAUCCUAGAAAGCGCAAUCACGUUCCCUACCGCAAUUCAAAACUGACACGGCUCCUGAAGUUUUCCCUUGGUGGGAAUUGCAAGACAGUCAUGAUCGUCUGCGUGAGCCCGUCAAGCCAACAUUUCGAUGAAACCCAAAAUACACUGCGAUAUGCCAACAGAGCCAAGAACAUUCAAACCAAGGUCACAAAGAAUGUGUUCAAUAUCAAUCGUCAUGUUAAAGACUUCCUGGUGAAGAUCGACGAACAGAUGGCCUUGAUUAAUGAACUCAAAGCACAGCAGAAGCAGUCCGAAAAGCUCGCUUUCGCCAAAUUUCAAAAGCAAACGGAGAAAAAGGCGGCGGUCAUCCGGGAAAGUAUUUCCCGUAUUCGCAAUGCUUAUGAACACUCCUUGCCUGAACGGCAAGAAAGGACAAGGAAUAUGCUCAAACUGAGACAGAUCAGUCAUAGAAUCAGUAUGUUGUCUGCCUGGAUUGCUGCUUUCGACAAUGUAUGUGAAAACUGUGAAGACGAGGAACCGUUAUCAAAUCUUCAAGCUGUCCGCAAAGCCGCACAAGGGAUUCUCCUUGAGCUUGAAAGCAGCCGACAGCACUGUCACCAGCGGUUGUCAAGGAGCAACUGGGACCGAGGCAUAAAUUCCGCUGUUGAGCAUGCCGCUGAACAACUUCGGGAGUUCGAUAUCAGCAACAACACUGACUUCUCCAAUAUCACCCGGGAAGCAGAGCUCCUCAAGUCAAAUGCAGAGCGCGAGGCACUGUCGGCCGUCGCAGAUCAAGAGAAAUCCGGCGAUGUAGCAGCCAUACAGCAACUGCUUCAAGCUCAAUUCGAGGCAAUUGCUGCUGUCGAAAAUAUCAUGCAAUUGAACGAACAGGAUGCUGUCGAGGAAGGAAGAAAAAUUCUCGCGAAAAUGCUUAAUUCGGGCUCAAGCGUGACGUCAAACAUUGUCAAACCUGAUGGCAACCUGCCUCAGGUACAAGCGCUCAGCCCUCGCAAACCCGGGACUCCUAAGGCCACAAAGAGGUUGAGUCUUCUCGGUAUACCCACUGCGAAGAGCUUAAAUACCUCCAUCAAGUUGGCCCCAAAUGCACCCACUUCACCUGUCAAAGGAUCCCCUCGGCGCCGCAAGAUCAAUACCGUCAAGAAAGGCGUUAGCUUUUCUCCCAAAAAGCCGCAGGCAAAAGUUCCAAAGAGGAGCGUUCGGUGGAAAGAUGACGAACAGGAUGGAACCCUUACUGAAUUUCAGAAAACACCUCGGAAACCAGAGCCUAUCCCCGAGGCCAGUUUUGAGGAACAAACGGAGUCGAUCAACCCAAUUGAUACAAGAGAGAUAAGGCAGCCAACGCCGCCGAGAUUGCCGAGAAUGUCUCCUAUUCCACGCAGCAUUCCGGUUCCUACCAGAAGUGCGAGCCCUGCGGAUGGUUCGUCACCGAUCCCUGCACCCCCAGAACCGACAUUGAACGUUCAAAAGAAUAAUAAUAGAUUCAAGACCGGGUUCCUAUCGAAAAAAACCAGCAGCUCGCCUCUUGCGCCACCUCCCUCCACUACUCUCUCCCUGCCCGACAACGAAAAUACACCUCUGCGGAACAUCCAAAACAGCAGCUUUUUGAAUCGCUUAUCCAACGAACGCCCAUCCAGAAUCGCCAUCCGGACUUCUAGUGGGAGCUUCACCAGCAGCCCACUAUCAGACAGUAACUUGAAGGAUAUCAAUUGGAAAGCAAGCAAGGACGACGCCAUCAAAAUAUCGUCGGCAAUGCGACGCAUUUCGGGUUCCCAGCAAGGCCAUGGGGUCUCUGCUAACUCAAUGCGCAUUCAUCGACGACGAAGCCCAACAGCUACCAAUCUUGGAAGUUCUCCGACCGAAAAUACCAUGUUCACUGCAUCCCAGGCGCGGAGGAUGGUGAAGAGAGAGAAAGAAUAUGAUUUCAAACACAGUGUCCUAAGCCCUCGGACUAUCCCCGUUAUGAAAAACACAAGCCAUAGACGGGUCACACUUGGCGGUGAUUUCAGAUCCAGGGAUAUCAGCCUCACAGGCAGGGACGCUAUCAGGCUGAGUAUAGUCGCGGCCCCGAGGUCUGGAAGAUUCGCAUUUGCUUCUUGUCAGUUGCUCAAGAAUAAGCCAUCCUUGAAGCCAGAACGAGGCCUGUAG